CCAUGACUUCAGCUGGAGGCCUCACAGGAUUCUGGGUAAUUGCACUGAUGACUCUUCACAGUGCAAACCUUGGAGAGAGCAAGCCGUACUCGCUCAACGAGCCGGACGUCCCCUUCCCGCCCGCCUAUCCCACUGCUGGGAACCUGUUUGCCAUUUGCCACCAGGGUCAGGGUCGUCCCAGAUACCCGGACAGCUUCUUCCCAACAUCGGGCGCCAGUCACUUCCGCCGCCGUGGCAUCGCCAUCAACCGCAUGGAGUCCUGGUUUAACUUCUGCUGCAGUGGAGUCCCGGCGCAGGAGAACAGCAAGAUCCUCUGCUGUGCCCAGCAGGCUUGGAAACGAGCCUUGUCGAUGUUCUGCACUGCUGAAUACUCCACCAUGACCCUGGUGUACGAGUGCUGUGAGGCCAAAGGCGAGGAUCGGUGGCGCUGCUUCAGCGAGUUUCCCAUCAAUCCCGGCUACUUCUCAAUGCCGGGCUACACCGCCCCAGGAGUCCUUGUUGACAACAGAUUAUUCACCUUCAACUCCCAAACCUGCUAG